AUGCCGUCCAUGCUACUCUGGAGCUUUCAUCUCUUGCACACCAGGGCUUCACUUCCCCAGCCGCUGCACGAGACCGAGGAUGGAAUAUUUGCACCGGUGCAGGUGGCCAGACUGCCCUUCCACAAGAAUUGGGCACACUUGAAGAAGCCGCCGGAACGCUUUUGGAUUGAAGUGGGCAUGAACAACUGGGACCUAUCCGUUCACUAUCAGGACUUUGGGGAGGGGGACUUCGUCCUGGGCUUCGAGCCACUUUUGGAUAAGUAUGGGGAGAGGCUGGCGAGCUACAGGCCUACGCACUCAGCGGGCAGCGGGAAGUUCCGAGCUCUCGGACGCCAACACGAAAGAGGACUGGCCUUCCCCUUUGCUGUUGGUUGCAAGGGGAUGGCGAAGUUUCGUGUCGCUGAAGAGGACUCAUGCAGCUCGCUUCUUCCGUUAGUUGCAGAUACUUAUCCCGACAUUGAAGCUGAGCAUCCGGCACUCCCGAAUUUCAAAGCCGACUGCGCAACCUCGACUGAAAUUCGCACAGUCCCGUGCAUUUCGCUGAAGCACGUCAUUGGAGACUGGCUGGGAGGGCAGGAGGUUUGGUUCCUGAAGGUGGAUGCCGAGGGAGCCGAUCUCGCCGUAGUGCAGUCGGCCGGAAACAUGCUGCGCAAGAUCCGGCAUAUCCAAUUGGAGGUGCACACCGAGUGCGGAGGCAUUGCUCCACAGUUUCUGAAUGCCCCCAAUUGCUCAUCAACCGUCCGUUUCAUGCGCAACGCCGGCUACCGGUGCACAACUCAAGACCAAGGGGAGCUGCUUCCAGACUGUGGCGAGGGCAUCUGUCAGAAAUGCUACAAGAACUUCCCCAUCCUGAAUUUGUUCUUUAUUCGGCAAAGGAGGAUAUCUUGA